AGCUCUUGAGGCACGUGAGGCAUUACCAAAAAUUCUAGGCAAGCCUCCAAGCAACUUGCAGCGAGUGCGUGGCCUCUUCGCUGGCUCUUCCUGAUCAUCCAAGCAGCAGUCUGCAAUCGGCGCCAACUCCGACACAUUGAGACCAGCAGCUACUUUUACAUAGGACAAUCAACCAACAGGCACUGUGCACAAUGGACGAGAAAGAAGCUGCUAAGGCCAAGUUGCUCAUUGCAACGCUGCAGAAGUACGGCUACGAUCUGGAGGAUCCGUCACGCACAAGCUCAACUACCAGCACCAACUCGAGCUCCGAUUCGUCCUCCACCGAGUGGAGCCCGGACGACGACGUGGAGCCCGCUGGAGCUCGUCGCUUCAGCGUUACGUCAUCAGCCGGUAUCUUAGCACUGCGCGACCGUAAGAAUCAGCAGAGCGCACUGCACAUCGCCGCCAAGAAGGGCCACUUCGACGUGCUGCGCGCUCUGGCCAAGCUCCCGCGACUCUCCGAGCACCUGAACGCCGGCGACCGACACUGCAACACGGCGCUGCACUUCGCUGCCAGUAGUACUCGAUCUAAUGCGCCGGACCUGGUGGAACUCCUACUCAACUUGGGCGCCAAUCCGUCGGCCAUGAACGUCCGCGGACAGACCCCACUGGCCAUCCACAUCAUGACAGCCAAGCCCGAGACACCUACAACCAUCACCAAACUCUUCAUCGAUAAAUUCCGGCAACUGAAAAACCCUUCGUCUUCAUCGACACCUUCAUCUCCAUCGUCUCCUACCGGUCUCCGUGCUCCAGUCCCGUGUGCCACGCUGAACGAGUUGGUGAGUGGCACCACGUACUUGCACAUGGCGGUGGAGCGUCAACUGGGCGAAAUCGGCGGUGCGCUGGUGCAGGGAGGAGCCUCUAUCAACGUACCGGACCACAACGGCGUCAUGGUGAGCGACACGAUCCCCAAGAAGCUGCUGGUGAAGCUCAUUACCUUCAUGACGGAGGGCUCGCAAGUGGCUCCUUCGGACAUUGUGCGUGGCAGCUGCAAGAUCUGCCGCAACCCGAAGAGCCUGCUGGAUCCUCUGAAAGACUGCGCUCUCUGUGGUCGUGCUGUGUGCAAGAACUGCUCGCAGAAGGCGUCGGAGAUCCGCAAAUCGACCUCAGACGGCAGCUAUGCGACGCUCAAAGACAAGGACGAAGGCCGCUUCUGUGCUGUUUGCUGCACCGUCAAGAUCCUCAAGAGCAAAAAGCACAACGAACGUGAGAACUUCAACAAGAAGCUCAUGGGCUGCGGCAUGAAAUAGACUCAUGGGCGACAAACGGAACAAAGUGACGGUACUUACUUAAAACGGGAGUCUUUGAUAUUGUGUUGCUUUUGGUGUUCUUGUUGCUCUGUCCUGCGUCUAAAAGUUACAGUGACGAGAGCUUUGUGUACACAUUAACCAAUGAGUGCAUUGUACGAAAGGUAUGUGAGCGAGGCGGCUGCGAAUACGGCACCAGCGUAGGCAAAAAUGAGCGCUAGACGCGGGGAGUAGAAGGCGUCGCGCUCCACGAGAUACCCACGUGACACCUCAUACAAGAAGAGUCCAGGGACUGUGAGUGCAAGGACGUUACCUGCGACAGAGCCGACGAACGCCAUGACGGUGCCCAAGUUGCGUGAGGACAUCGAGAACAAGUGCGCGACCAGCAAAAAGGCUACAGUGAUGGCUGUGCGGAACGGUAGACUCUCUCGGUCGUGACCUAGACAGCAAAUCUCCACGAGUUGACGCAACGGUUGGAACGUCAUGGGAGUCUUCAAGACCAUGCUGAUGCCCAGCGCUAGGCGAGCUCCGUUGAUGAGCGUGUCGUUGGCGUCAAAGCCCGUCAGGAUGUCGCUUGGCGGUUGUCCGUGGAAGCACGCGUAGCCCAGAUAAGCGAAGAGAAGAUAGAUGAAGAGACCCCACCACACGAGCGCCUUGUGCACGUGUGUCAUCUGCGUCUUGUCGUGGAUCUCCUGGUAAGCACGCGGGACAUUGAGUUGACACACGAAACUCAAUGUGACGAUGGGGAGUGCGUAUGCGAGUGCUGCGAGCUCUGAGUUAAACUCGUCUGCUGGAUUCCUCGGGAUCUUCGCUGCAAACUCGGGGUCGUUCUGAGCUGUUCGGAUACCGAGCGCCACGAGGAUGUAGAGCAGACACAGCAGUACUAACAUGUUGGCGAAGCGGAGCUCAUGGAUGGUCUCGGGAAGGCAGAGCGGGAUGCCCACGAGCAUGAAGACCAGGCUGAUGGUCCUGCGGCUCAUGAUGUCCACUAGGAAAGGCUCGAACAGGUCCAUAGCGAUGACCAUGUAACUCACGAUGGCACCGAAUAGCAGUGCGAGUGUCAACAGUCGAACAGCCCAGACGCCGGCGGCACCGAAGAGGCGGGAGCUCAGCGCCUCGUAUGAGAACUCGCAGGCGGCGUCACAGCACACGCUGAGUAUCUCGCAGGCGUGGAAGGCUAACCACGCACUCAUGGCAAACAGUAGCAGAGCGGGGACCUGUCCAACGGCCUGUACGACGCCCGGGAGAGUCAAAACGCAAGCUCCCGUCAUAGUCGUUGCAAGUCCCAGGAAGGACGAGAAGGCCGACCCCUCCUCUGUGUGACCGGGGGCACGCACGGGCGUGGACAGAGGCAAUGCCGAGGUGGCGGUUGGUGCUGACAGCUUCUGCGACGGACUCAGUGCCGCGCUGGUCGUCCGCAGCAGCGGCGAGGACUCGCGGGAGGCCAUGAGCGGUGACGGAUGCGCAGUCGGAAUGACGUCGUUUCGGUGGCUAAAGUCGCGAAAUGGUCUGGUUGAACUUUCGAGGACUAUAAUUUAGUCCAGAUUUUGUUAUUCUUCAACUUGUUUUGGCCGCGUAAUCAGCUUUUAGGCCGAACACGAAAACCACCGCGGUCGAAUUUGAGUUGAUCAUCCUUCGAACGUUGCAACCGUGUUCACGCAUGCCAGUAAUUAAUUGAGGACUGUUAAAGCGUAGAAUGUAUGCCUUCAAUCGGUUGGAAGAUGACGGCUACCAGUAUCCCAAAAAAUAGAUUGCUGCAGUAUAGUGCGA